ACAACUAGGGCUCGUCCACUGUACUGACAUCAGGCUAUACAUGUACUGUGGCAGGUUCUGUAGAUUGUCAGGGAGUGUUGCCACCUAUAACUGGGUUAACUUCAACUGAAUUAUCACCAAGCGGUCAGCUGGCGAUGACCCUGUGACAUCCUUCAGAGUCGGGCGGAGCUUGAGCAGAUUACAGAGACCCCGGGGGAAAGGGGUGCGGACACACGACCCACCAGACGCCAUCAGACCCAUAGAUGCGACUCCGGAGCCGUGUCGUGUCAAUAACAACACUAAAAGCUCGAACCUGUUGCUACUGCGCCGCAGCAAAUACAUCUUGACUGACGUCCGCAGUGGUCGAGGAUACCCAUCGACUACGACAGAUGCGUUGCUGGUGUGAAGACAGUGUCCUUCGGUGGUUUAUGGAAGUGUGAGUCAUAGGUGGAUGACAGACUUUGUCAUCGUGUGUCAUCAUCACUUGUGUCAUCAUCUUCAGAACCGAGAGCUUCUGUUCCGUGGAUCCCUUGACUUACAGCAUCACAGUGAUUGUUCCACAACCCAAGACAAAUACAGGAACCACACCGGCAUCUAAAUGGUUGAGGAAGCUACAUAUAUCUACAUCCCGUUUCAUUGAAACGCUCAAAUCUGCCCAAAAUUGUCAACAAAACUCACAGGCCACCACACACAUCUUAACGUCAUAUACUACAGAAAUCUAUUGGCGUUCAUGAAACCAGAUCAUCUCUGUAUCUUAACAUCUGAUGACCAGAAGUCCAUAGCUGUAGCUGAAGCACAGACCGUCAAACAGGACAACCCACAGAGCAUCCAACAGACCAGCCCACAGAACAUCCAGCAGAACAUCUCACAGAGCAUCCAACAGACCAGCCCACAGAGCAUCCAACAGACCAGCCCACAGAGCAUCCAACAGACCAGCCCACAGAGCAUCCAACAGACCAGCCCACAGAGCAUCCAACAGACCAGCCCACAGAGCAUCCAACAGACCAUCCCACAGAACAUCCAGCAGAACAUCUCACAGAGCAUCCAACAGACCAGCCCACAGAACAUCCAGCAGAACAUCUCACAGAGUUCGACCAACAGUUUGAGAUGGAGUCGAGUUGGAUGACUGCGUCUGUGAAGAACAUCCAGCGACAGAGGCAGCUGGAGCUGGAGCUGAUUGACAUAGAGCGGCGCUGGCAUAUUGAGCUGAAGGAUAUCACGCGCCAGCGCCUCGGGGUCAUCUACGACCUCAACAGAUACAAGAAACUACGUCGUGCCGCCGACUACACCAGCGACGACCUUAGCGGACAGGAGCUCCGGAAAUACACAAGGGUGUGCCAGCACAAGAUGAUAGAACAGAGAACGAGUCGGCGCCGGGCUCGCAAAUUUGAUUUCUCUGGAGACCGUGUUGAACGCAUGAACAUUCAACUACCCCCUAUUAAUGUAGAGACUUGCCCUGAAAAGCAGGCCGCCAUGGAGUCUGUGACGUACAGCGACCUGAACAGACAGAGGGCAAGCUUUCAGAAAGGAGCCAGCGAUCUUAAUCAAUACCUUAUGCGUAUUGUCCGGAGGAAGAAUCGCCAUAAGUCUGAAGAUGCAGAUGACGAUGAAGAGGAUGACGGAACGGAUGACGACCUUGAGAGUUCCCAUUCACCCUCGCCAAUCAGUCGACAGAACAGCCUGUCGGUAGACUCCACAUUACAAGGGAGGAGAAGCGUCACCCCCCACCUCCUCCCUCCCAUCAUGGAGACCCCAUGCCAUACGGGUAUACGUUAGAUACUGUGUAGCAUGGAAUUUACUGGAAGCGUUACCCUGUUCACAGAUACAAUUGCGAUUUCACAAUUGCGAUGAUCACAAUGCCUUUACCUCGACUGUGGAGCAUAAUGCCCUUUAAGUGAUAUAACGGGUUGAUGUGAAUUAACCUCAUAAUACACCUUGGACAGAGUAACAGCAUCGUCACACAGAGAUAUUGAGCCCUAAGCCUAAUACCUCGGUACCUGUGACGGUCUUACGUCAACUCUUCAUGUGGCGCCACCUUGCUAAUGACGUACUUGGUGCCCCACACUGUGAUAGCAGCGUCUGCAGCUGUACCUUGACUCUGUGAGUGUUAGAUGGAUGGAUUAUUAAGGAUUACUGCACGACGGAUGAGAGACAGAUAAGACAGACAGGGAGAGUGAGCGCGCACACUGAUGUACACGCAUGCACGCAUGCACGCACGCA